ACACGAGAGCUACCGUCUGCUCGUAUUAAUUUCUAUUUCCGUUAAUUCAAAAAAAUCAUUUCACGGACGACGCACCACAGAUAUGACCGUUGCCCCCAACGUUCGAAUAUUCUGAAUUUUAAAGUCUUUUCCUCUUCGUACUAGCCGUUACCAACACCCCCUCACAGCCGCACAACACUCACUCUCUCUCUCUCUCUCUCCCCUUUUCACCUCCAACCACCGCCGUACCCUCUCACCACAUAACCCAAUCUUUCUCCACACCAUGAAAAUCUCAUAGAACCCGAGUCUUGAGAAUCUGAAUUCCUCUCCGUCUUUUCUUGCAUUAUCAACUACUAUUGACUUGUUGAUCAAAAUCUCUUUCUUGAUACAUUUCUUGAUUCCUUCUUGGUAAAUUAUCAUUACCAAUUCAGAUUUCUGGGUACCCAAACACUUUUCCGAGUUAAAUCUCUGAACGGCCAUGGCAACAUUAGCACCUGGGGUUCUACUUAAGUUACUGAACGGAAUGAAUUCAGGGGUUAAGCCGACAACCGAACACCGCAGCUCACUAUUACAGGUCACCGACAUCGUCCCCGCGGAUCUUGACGAGAAGAAUCUGUGGCCGAAACACGGGUUUUACGUCAAGGUUUCGGAUUCUUCCCACUCAAUCUACGUCAGUCUGCCCUUCGAACAAGAUGACCUUGUUUUGAGCAACAAAAUGCAGCUGGGUCAGUUCAUCUACGUGGACAAGUUCGAACCCGGGUCGCCUGUUCCGGUCGUUAAGGGCGCCAAGCCACUACCCGGCCGUCACCCGUUGGUGGGCACGCCGGAGCCGUUGAUGGGUUUGAGAGAGAGAGGAGAGAGAAGUGAGCAGAAACCCAUUUCAUAUAACUCCGCUCCAAGAAGAGGGUCAUGGGGAACAGGGCAGGUUGGAACAGGGGACUCUGUUUCUGUUCUUGUUUCUAAUUCCUCACCUUCGAGCUUAAAGCCUGUUCCUUUGGACUUUGAUCAGUGUAGUACACCGAUAAAAGAGAGGACUAAUUCGGGGAGAUUCGGCGGUAUUUUUCCAGGUUCGCCGAUGAUAAGAGGCAGGGCUGUGAAAGACGGAAGCUCAAGUGGUGGUGGGUCUGUUAUUAGGUCUUCAUUUGGGGGAGGGCUUUUGGCUAAACUGGUGGAUUCGAAGGGGGAUUCGACCAGUCCUGCUUUGGUUAGGAAAAGCUGUGUGACUCCGUCUGUGUCGAAGUUUCCGAGGAGCAAGAGUGUUUGCGAUCGAGAGCCGAGGAUCCCUAGGAGUCCCUACAACACAGCUGAGAAGAAAAGUGUGACUCCACCGCCGAGCUUGCGCAAUGCGAGAGCGGCAGCUUCUCUGAAAAUGGGGGCUGGGGAUGCACAGAAUUCAGCAAAUUCAAGGGUGGUGGUUGUUUCGCAACCGGAGUCUCAGUCCGGUAGCGACAACAAAAGUCUGGCAAUGAAUUUGCCUGGAAAGCUAAGCAUGUUGGGAAAGGAAGCAAUGCAGCAGAGAGAAACAGCACAAAAAGUUGCCCUUCAAGCACUAAGAGAUGCUUCAGCCACUGAAAAUCUAGUCCGGUCCCUCAAGAUGUUUUCGAACUUAAGCAAAACUGCGAAAUCAGAUGCACCGGCAGCCUGUUUCGAUCAGUUUCUGGAUUUCCAUACCCAAAUUGUGCAAGCAGUAGCUGAAAUGGUGUCCAUUCAAGCAGCAACAGCAACUGAAAUGGCCCAAACCGCGAACACAAAACAACCCGAAGAAGACUCCUCCAUCUUAAAUGAACUCCCUCACAACUCCUUGGACCCGAAAGCAUCAUCCAAAAGAAGAAAUGUACUCUACAAAUCAAUCGCAGUGUUUCCUGAACGAAGUGAUCAGAAGACAAUCUUAGGGAAGCACAUGAGAUCAUCAUGUCUCAAGGUGGUGCCCACUCCUCCCUCUUCCGAAAACGAUGAAAACAAGAAACCAGCUACUUGCUGCGGCCUUGGGAAUACGAUCAAGUUGGGGAGGCAGAUUGAGACCGAAGCGGGAAACUGGUUCAUGGAAUUUCUUGAGAAAGCUUUGGAGACGGGUCUGAAGAAAACGAAGGGGAGAGUAGAGGGAGAUGCGCAAAAAGUUCCUCAGUCGCUCAUAUUGAAGGUUAUCAACUGGGUGGAAGUCGAACAAUGUGAUUCUAGCAAAAGGCCUGUGCAUCCUAGAGCGGCGCAGGUGGCCAGGAAGUUAAGGAUCAAGAUGAAGAAUCCUUGAAUGGGGGCAAAUAUAAUGUUAGGGUCAUAUUGUAGCAGAUUGUGUUUAGUCAGUGCAGUGGUGUGAAAAAUUGUGGCUUGCUUGCUAUUGUUUAAUUCUUUGGAGAUUAUGGUGAAAUUUUGUGAUGUCAAAUGGUUGUUUGGAAUUUUAUCCAUGUACUAUAAAUCUUAUUGUAGGCUUAUUUUAUUGAGUGACAAGUUUAUGUUGCUUAUCUUGAAA